AUGAAAUUUUACAAUUUUGUUGAUAAAAACAACUUUAUUCAUUGUUAAUUUAGUCCCAAUCUAGGGUCUAAUGGGUGUUUAAAGUCUCCUUACAGCUUGUUUAUCAGGAGUAUUUUCUUGCAAUUUCUUAAUAAUUAAACCUUUUAAGAACAAUUUUUAAAAUAUCAAAAUAAUAAUAACAGAAAUUAAGAUUGUGCUGAAUCAUUUAAUCUUUUCCUUAAAUGA